AGAAUGAUUCUCAUCUCUGUAUCAAUAGCAUCUAGAAUCUGGCCUUGUGCAAAUAUAUCAUAUGAAUGAAUAAAUAUAAAAAAAGAAAGGAAGGAGGGGGAAAUGCAGGUGAAGGGAUGAGGAGAAAGAAAGAGAAGACAGGAGGAAGAGAAAGAGGGAGAACAGUUUAUUUGAAAGAAAUUCUCAAAAAGUACUGUUCUUAAAAAAAAAUAAAAGAUGGCAGCUACUACACAGAUAACCAAGAUAUGGAUCAGAAGGGAAAAUAAGGGAAUUUAGGAAAGUUGUUUUUGGAUAAGCAUUUCUCUUUCCAGAAUCCCUCUUAAAAUUUAUAUGGGCUUUGAAAGUGGUGAUUACUAUGUCAGUCUGAGCCAUCACAUCUGUCCUCUGGAAGAAAGGGCCUUAGAGCUUAUGAAAAACAUAAGUGGGGGUGGGAGGAGAUAGGAGUGGAGAAGAGAUAGGAUGCACUCAAUCUCCAGGUGUCCAGAGGACUCUCUGAUUGUGCUCAUGUCCUACCAGGCUGCCAGUGUGACCUCACCCUCUUCAGUCCCCCUCCUCAGAGCCGGCUAUGAGUUCCUGCAACUUCACACAUGCCACCUUUGUGCUUAUCGGUGUCCCAGGCCUAGAAGAAUCCCACUUCUGGUUCGGCUUCCCUCUGCUGUCCAUGUAUGCUGUGGCACUGUUUGGAAACUGCAUUGUAGUCUUCAUCGUCAGGACAGAGCGCAGCCUUCAUGUACCCAUGUACCUCUUUCUCUGCAUGCUGGCAGCCAUUGACCUGGCCUUGUCCACCUCCACCAUGCCCAAGAUCCUUGCCCUCUUCUGGUUUGACUCUCGAGAGAUCACUUUUGAUGCCUGCCUUGCCCAGAUGUUCUUUAUCCAUGCUCUUUCAGCCAUUGAAUCCACCAUCCUGCUGGCCAUGGCCUUUGACCGUUACGUGGCCAUCUGCCACCCACUACGCCAUGCCGCAGUCCUCAACAAUACAGUAACAGCCCAGAUUGGCAUUGUAGCAGUGGUCCGAGGCUCCCUCUUCUUUUUUCCACUUCCACUGCUCAUCAAGCGGUUGGCCUUUUGCCACUCCAAUGUGCUCUCACAUUCCUACUGUGUGCACCAGGAUGUGAUGAAGUUGGCCUACACUGACACAUUGCCCAAUGUAGUCUAUGGUCUUACUGCCAUUCUGCUGGUCAUGGGUGUGGAUGUCAUGUUCAUCUCUUUGUCCUAUUUCCUGAUUAUAAGAACAGUUCUGCAACUGCCUUCCAAGUCUGAUCGAGCCAAGGCCUUUGGGACCUGUGUGUCACACAUUGGUGUGGUCCUGGCCUUCUACGUGCCACUCAUUGGCCUCUCAGUGGUGCACCGCUUCGGAAACAGCCUUGAUCCCAUCGUGCAUGUACUCAUGGGAGAUGUCUACCUGCUGCUGCCUCCUGUCAUCAAUCCCAUCAUCUAUGGUGCCAAGACCAAACAGAUCAGAACACGGGUGCUGGCUAUGUUCAAGAUCAGCUGUGACAAGGACAUCCAAACUGUGUGACAUGGGUGACCUUCACUAUUCUACUUCCACAUCCUUAUUGGUUUGAUGUAAUUACACCAUCAAAAGAAUCUUAAUUCCAGUUUCCAUGGGCACAUCAGUGCUUUUCUCCAGCUGCAACAGUAAACUAAGUAUGAUUCAUUUACUUCAUGUAAUAUCAUGUUGGAAUAAUCCACGUUACACAUUAUUUGGUUAAAGACUGAUUUAAAAUGAAACAGCCUUGGAAAUCAAGUAAAAACAAUUAAUAUAUACAACUGAAACUAACUUGAAAAACAGCCUAUGCCUUGGAAGAAGUAUGUUCAAAUUAAUAGUGAUGUUAGUUUUGUUCCUACUUUCUAAAUGCUUUGUUAUGAAUACAUUAUUUAACUGACAAGUAUAGCUUUUUAAAUGGGGAAAACAAAAUUGCUAAUUUAGGAAAACCACAGUCCUUGCUGUGGGAUUUUACCCAUUACCUGAAUUCUCCAACCCUGACUAAUAAUGCUUGUAGUUCUGGCUUGUGUGCUUACAAUGUUCCAGGAUUGUGAUAACUGCUUUAUAGCUUUUGUGAUCUUCAAAGAUUUAUAGGAUGGGUGCCAUUUUUGUCCCCUCAUCACAAGCAACAGAAAUGAAGCACACAUUAGCAAGGUAAUUAAGUCACACCAGCUCAUGUGUGCAGUGGCAAGACUUGAAAUUAAAUUUGAUAAUUGAAUACGGUCACUUACCUACCGUGUCAUGUUGCUUCCUCUUUAACAUCUGCCAUUUAUUUCCUCCACCUGUAUAAGCCCUCUGUUUUCUCUCUGUAGUGUGCCAGAAUAAUGCCUUUAUGUUUGUCCUGAGAGAUAGCUCUGGGACUACAAAUUCAGAUUAGUUCACUCUUUCGGUUUUACAGUGUUAGCACAUACUCCUUCCCAGAUUAAGGGAAAAUAUUUUUGCUUAUUUGUCUCAUAUCUUCUUUAUAAUGUCUUUCUUUUAAAAAAACUAUGUCCUGUCUCUAUAAAAUAUUUUGAAUAUGCAGCAUAUGUAAAGGUGCUGAAUGCCUAUUGUUCCGAGGUAGGCUGUUUCUACUGAAAUGCCCACCAGCUCUGAUGAGUAGCAAAAAUCUGAGCACAAUAGUUGGUACUGUGUGGGCUUUGGUGGGCACAAAAUUUCAGUUUGGGAUGAUGAAAAAAAAUCUGAAAAUGGAUAGGUGGUGAUUGUAUAGAACAGUAUAAAUGUACUUGUUACUCCUGAACUG